CCUUUGACAACACAAAAUAGAAAAAAUAAAUACAACCGGAGGGAGUAGGGUUAUAUUAUCCUUCUCCUUCUCUAUCUAUAUACCUCUCUCUCUAGUAUAGUUUGUUGCAAAAUGUUCAUGGCUACAUCAGUUGUUCCUCAUGAUCGUUUCCAUCUUUCAUAUUCACACAUGAUGUUUAUACUGCUUACAAUAACAUCUGUAUUUGUACUACCAACUUCUUCCACGUCAAGAGGAACUCUGGAUCAAUAUCGUCAUGAUUCAACGUUAAGAAACGGGUUUCGCAUCAAUCUGAACCAUGUAGACGGGGCGGGAAACUUCACGAAACUUGAACUAGUUCAACGUGGAAUGAACCGUGGUAAACAUCGAUUACAACGGCUAAGUGCACUUGCAGUUACUAGCGUCGAUGAUGCUAUCAAAUCACAAGUUCAUACGGGUUCUGGAGAAUUUCUAAUGAGCUUAUCUAUAGGUACUCCACCAACAUCCUACUUGGCUAUAAUGGAUACAGGUAGUGAUUUAAUAUGGACACAAUGUAAACCAUGCACUGAAUGUUAUAAGCAACCUACACCAAUUUUCGAUCCAAGUACAUCUUCUUCAUUUUCUAAGCUUUCUUGUACAAACACUCUCUGUCGAGCUCUUACUGCUUCAAUGUGUAGUGAUAAUGCAUGCGAGUAUUUGUAUGCAUAUGGCGAUGAUUCUACUACACAAGGAAUUAUGGCGAGUGAAACAUUUACGUUUGGAGACCCAAGUUCCAAGGAUAAAUCAGCAAGUAUUUCUAUACCAAAUGUAGGAUUCGGUUGUGGAAAUGACAAUGAAGGUGGUGGGUUUACCCAAGGAGCCGGUCUCGUUGGACUGGGCCGAGGUCCAUUAUCACUUGUUUCACAACUUGGGACAGGAAGGUUUUCGUAUUGUUUAAAUUCAAUUGAUAGCACACAAACCAGUAGUCUUUUAUUUGGUUCAUUAGCCAACUUGGUGAACACAACAACGAGCGAUAAUGAGAUUCAAACUACACCGCUUAUUAAAAACCCAAGCCAACCUUCGUUUUAUUAUCUUGAUCUUGAAGGUAUAACGGUCGGAGAAACCUUACUUUCUAUACCCAAGUCUACAUUUCAGCUUAAACCAAGUGGAAGUGGUGGAUUUAUUAUUGAUUCAGGUACUACUAUUACUUACUUGCAAAAGACAGGCUUUAAUGCAGUCAAGAAAGCUUUUAUUUGGCAAAUGAAGCUUACAGUAGCCGAUAGUUCUACUGGACUAGAUUUGUGUUUCAAUCUGCCGAACAGUGUUUCCGAAAUAGAUGUGCCCAAGUUGAUAUUUCAUUUUAAAGGUGCAGAUUUGGAUUUGCCUGGUAACAAUUAUAUGAUAGCUGAUUCAGACUUGGGGUUAGUUUGUUUGGCGAUGGGGGCAUCCAAUGGGUUGUCCAUCUUUGGAAACGUUCAACAACAAAAUAUGUUAAUACUACACGAUCUUGAGAAAGAGGUGAUGUCGUUUGUACCUACAAAAUGUGAUCAGCUGUAGAAGAUUAAUUCAAAAUUUGAAUGUCAGGGUUCAUAUUAUGUAUUUCGUUUCUUAUGUGCAUACUAUUAAUGGAGUUUCAUCAAGUAUAGUUCAUUUUUUUUAUUCAACUUUGCUUGUUAUAUGUCAAUUGAUAAUGAGAAUAGAGUUUCCUCGGAAUCUGUUAAUAAAGAACAUUUGCGUCGUUAGAUUUUA